AUGAGCAAAAGCAUCAUUGACAGGCUGCUGGAUUCCCAGUACACACAAGAAACCUUGCGUGAUGAGGACUGCUGGGCAGAAACUCAGUGCGACUCCACACAACCAGAUUCAGAGCUGCGUCCAGCCAAACUUUGGGAUGUGGAGCCGACACCUGGCCACGACGUGUGCACUACAGAUGAAGAUGUGGAAACCACGGCGAGCGAGGCGGAUGACAAGGAGGACCACAGGCUCGAGGUGCCUUUUCGCGGCAUUCGUGAAGUGGCGGAGGCCGACAUUGCUGCCGGGUGCAAUGCUGCAGCUCUGCGAAGCAGCGAAGAUUUGGAGCUUUGCUUGCGAAGGCUUGGUGGUCUGGGUCACAGCCCUCUUCAUCCCCCUCCUCCGCGCAGCUUCGCAAGACAAGCCGAGGCCAUACGAUACCUUGAGGGUCUCCUUGCUCAGGGGGUUUACCGGCUACAUCAGCUUGGCCUUUACUCCCGCGAGUUUUCUUCCUCGGGCUGCAGACGCUUCCUUGUCGAUACAAAAGUGGGCUUUGCGCUGGAAUCCGCACCGAGCUCGCAGCAGUGUGAUCAGGUGUUCGACAAAUUGCCGCAAAAACAUCUGUACGAGGUGUUGAUGGAGACACAGCCCUGCUGGCUUUAUUUUGAUUUGGAGUUUCAUAGAUGUGUGAACCCCAACCUCGAUCCGGGCAAAGUUAUCUCGGCGUUCUACGAUCUCCUGAACCAGUUCUGUCUCUCAACCUUUGGAUUGACAUUGGAUACAGACAACCUCUUUGAACUCGAUUCGACCACAGAAGAAAAGUUUUCCAAGCACGUGAUUGCCAAACGUUUGCAGACGGACAGUGGAAUGGGCGGGCAGUACCACUUCCAGUCGCUGGCAUUCCCGAACAAUGCUCAAGCAGGGUUCUUUGUCAAGAAGUUCAUGGACUUUGUGCGGCAGCAGCGUUUGGCGCGAAGAUGCGCUGCCAGCUUGCUUUUCGCCCGGGCGAAGCCCAAAAAGCAGAAGGAGAAUCAGAAAGCACCUGCGAAGGAUGAGGAUCCAGCAGCAGAGAAUGCCUCGGCGGAUGAAGCUGCAGGAUCACCUCCGUCUGAGGUUCCAGUCGUCGACGAAUCCGUGUAUACUCGAAAUCGGUGCUUUCGGGUGCUGUUCAGCUCCAAAUUUGGGAAGCGUCGGCCGCUGCUGCCGACUUGGAAGAGCACUCCAGCCGUGGCGCUCUUUGAAAGCCUGGUAGCCGGUGUUCCGGAAGGCACGCCGCUCUUCAGGCAUCCAAUACUCCCACCGGAUGUGCAGCACAAAGACCUUCGACGAAACUGCCCGGACACGUCCGCGCAUGUGCGCCCUCGGCUCACGGCAGAUGAUGUUAAGGAGCUGCCGCUUUCCGAGAAUGCAGCACUUCACCGGUACCUUGUUGAGUUGUGGGACGACGUGCGCAUCAAGAACGAGGGACAAGCAGCCUUUGCAAACCCAACUCGUGUCCAGCGAAGUCUGUUGAUGGGAAGCGGAGAGUACAUGGUGGUUUCCUUGGUCAAUAAUCGCUUUUGCUUCAAGAAGGGUGCAUCCCACAAGUCUAACGGCAUCUAUUUGGUGAUCAACCAGAAGCGCUGGGUGGUGUAUCAGAAAUGCCAUGAUGCUGCCGACUGUCCAGACUUCCGCUCGCACGAGUUUUCAUUGCCCGAGGCCUUGCGUCCUGAGGGGGCCGUGCCAGAGGAUGCUUUUGAAAACGGGGCAGUGGACGAAGACCAUGAUCCGGUGUCGCAGGAAUUGCUGACGCAGAUAAUGGCAACUCCGCCGCCCUUGCCUGACGAGCUCCUGACCCCUCCAAGGCUUCCGUGCUACAGCAGGCUGCCUUCGAGAUCUCGAAGCCCAUGCCGGGCGCUGUGCAGGCUGAGGAGGACCGGCUUGGGGCAAAAGCCAAGAAGGUCGUUGCAGCCUUGCUUGGGGCAAUCUCAGCCGGAGCUCAGCGACACGAGUCCUACAACCCCACCGUGCAUUUUGUGA